CAAACGGGUUGGUAGAAUCAUGCCCGUGUGCGCAACGCCGAAGGAUGCUGAUCAAAAGAGCAUUGAUCUGGCUAUUUAAAAAUUGAAAUUGGCACACCUACUUAGUGUGCAUUACUUAGAUUUAAAGCCUUAUUAUAUUUGUUGAUUAGUACGAUGUAAACCAUCUGCAGAUGAGCAAUUAACAACUUCUCCAUAUUGCAGAUUGCUUUUGAAUUAUACCAAUGCAACAGAUUUUCAGCUGCAGUUAAUUAUUAUCAACCUAUUGACUAUCGUUUUAUGGGAGAGGAGCAUCAUAUUUCACGUCCUUAAUCAUCAGUAAGGCAGGCACCAUGCUGACCAGCAUUACAGACGGGAUCCUGUGCUGUCUGACUGGGAAGGCUACCAGCCUGGUGAUGCCCGUCGAGUCCUCCGAGCCAGCUGACGCCUUUGAGUUUGUGGAGGUGAAGCCCGGGAGAGUCCUAAGGGUUCGCCACAUCAUCCCUGAGCGCCAGUCACCGGUGGUGACGGAGGAGGACCAGGUAAAGGAGCCAGAGCAGGUGAAGGGCAGUGGAAACAGCAACAGCAGCAGUGUGCACUGCAAGCGCAAGAUCACUGUCUACCGCAACGGCCAGCUAGUCAUUGAGAACCUGGGUGACGUGCUGCACUCGCAGAUCCUCCAGUGCCAGGAUGGAGACCUAGAGCCCUGCAGCACCGUGGAGGUGGAACUGGCCGACUAUAAGGAAGUGACCACCUCCCCUGAACCCACGCCUCCCCUACCCAUGGUCGGGGAGCAGAAACCUGCGGCACCUCCUCGCCGGCGCCACCGCAAGCCCAAGCGCACAUUGAUGAUUGACUCGGAGAGGGAGAUCUCCAGCUGCAAGGGGACGCACUCGGACGUGGCGCUCUUUUUCGUACAUGGGGUAGGCGGCUCGCUGGACAUCUGGGGCAGCCAGCUGGACUUCUUCUCGCGGCUGGGGUAUGAAGUCAUCGCCCCUGACAUGGCGGGCCACGGGGCCAGCACAGCACCCCACAUCGCGGCGGCCUACACCUUCUACGCCCUGGCCGAGGACAUGCGCGCCAUCUUCAAGAAAUACGCCCGUAAACGCAACAUCCUAAUCGGGCACUCCUAUGGGGUAUCGUUCUGUACCUUCCUGGCCCAUGAGUAUCCAGACCAGGUUCACAAGGUGGUGAUGAUCAAUGGAGGGGGGCCCACAGCUCUGGAGCCCAGCCUCUGUUCAAUCUUCCAGCUGCCUUCCUGUGUGCUGCACUGCCUCUCCCCCUGUCUGGCCUGGAGCUUUCUCAAGGCUGGGUUUGCCCGUCAGGGAGCCAAAGAGAAGCAGCUGCUGAAGCAGGGCAAUGCCUUCAACGUGAAUCCAUUUGUGUUGCGAGCCAUGAUGAGUGGGCAGUACUGGCCCGAGGGGGACGAGGUGUACCAUGCUGAGCUUACUGUGCCCAUCCUGUUGGUGCACGGCAUGUACGACAAGUUUGUGCCCAUGGAUGAGGACCAACGCAUGGCAGAGAUCCUUCUCUUUGCGUUCCUGAAAGUCAUCGAGGAGGGCAGUCAUAUGGUGAUGAUGGAGUGCCCUGACACAGUCAACACCCUCCUGCACGAGUUUUUCCUAUGGGAGCCCGACAUGUCCAAAAAGGACGCCGCUAAGACUGAUGCUGACAAGACUGUUACGGUCAAUGGCGUUGUCGUUCAGACACCAAAACCAAACAAGCCCAUGGAAAAAUAACCAGUAAGGAGUUUCAUUUUACAUGAGCAAACCCAAUCCGAGGGCCUGUCUUUGGCAGGUGGCACGUGGUCUUAGGGCUGCUCGCAGGCUGAGAGCUGUUAUUAACAGGGCCAGAGUUUGUUGUGGAAGUGGAGGGGAGGCAACUGGUGCGCCAAGCUAGAGUUGGCAUUUGAAUGGGACUGUAGAAAGAAGAAGACAGGAAAUGAUGGAAAGAAGAGAGGCGGAAUCUAUUACAACGACAGAGAUGGGUGUUUCUGUUUUCCCUUUGACAGCUGUCUGUGCUCCAUCAUGUGGUGUUUGUAAUCAGACAGACCUCGGGUCCAGAUAAUGUUUUUAAAACACAAUAUCCAUUCGUAAUGCUCUGAAGUACCAAACUUGGUUGGUGAGUGGGCCAUUGUCAACCAAAGUGAGGAGGCCAUGACUAUUAAAUGGUGUGUGGAUUGCCUUACUAUCUAUCUUCCAUCAUCUUGUGAAUAAUAUAUCACUGCUGAUUGGUGUCCUCCUGUCAUCAGUUGCAAGUUAAAUAAGGAUCUUAUAAGACUGGGUCCAUAUGAUGGAUUCUCUUCAAGGGAAUCAUUAACUAAAUAGGAUAACUGAGAAACUAUCCAGAUAAUGCUAGCCAAUGGGUGACUGUGGUGUGUUAUGGGAGUAAGAUCGUUUAUGAUACAUGGCGAUCCAGUUUGCAUGAGGUCAUCCUCAUAAUGAUCAUCCCCAAUUAAGCAGGUUAUAGACUAAAGUGUUGACUGGAUGGAAGUAGUGGUGAAUGGAUUGGUAAUUGUUAUGGCAAAUAAACAUGCAAUAAGUAAUCACAUAAAGUAUGUUACAGGCAUAAUAAAAACAUACACCUAAACAAAUUGAUCAUACAAUUUCAAUAACCUCAUAAAAUAUCAUCACGCCAAAGUAAAGCUGUUAAAACAUAUCCUUGAGCAAGCUAAGUAUCUGUCAGUUACAGUCAGUAUCUGUCAACUUUGUGCAUUAACUCACGCUUGAAGUUUAGGGUAUUGGUUCGCUUUUUAAACAUAAUGAUUCAUCUAUGCACAACAUGGAGUGGAGUAUUUUGCCUUAAGAACCAUUUGCGGUGUUGUCCAAUAUUAUGCAUUUAGAAACCUAUGAUUACUGUAUGUGUCUACACUUGCAUAUGCAUUUGAAGUUGUUGCAUGAAUAGGCUUUUAAGAUAUUCGAGAAUUUUCUUGACUACAUACUACAAAUCCAAAAACCUCCCGUGUCCUCUGAGAGUAUAAUCUAAGGGGCAUUAUGGACAGAGAAGAAGUUGGACCAAAGCUUUAGUGAUAGGCAGUAAUCGAAAUUAUGUAAAAGUAUUCCAUAACUAUUAUUUAUCCAUACUGAUGCCAGUUAUUAAACUUCCAAUCUUGCAAGUUCAACCCAUUUUGCCUCAGAAUUUGAUGUAACACCAUUUAGAAUAAUGUUGUUCUUCCGUCUACAAGAUAGUGUAGCAAAGCAUUUUCCUCCACUGCCCUCCAGUCAAUCUGUAUGUGCUUACUGCUUGCAAUGUCAAAGGUCAUCCGUGAUAAUAAGCUAAACAUAACGUUAUCAGGUGCUCAUUUGUGAAUGUUUUCGUGUCUCAUAAUGAGAGUGUGUGAUUAAUCUGUGAUUAAGAAGUAUGAAGCACAGUAAUGCAUUUUAUGGUUCGGUCUCUCCGACUGCUACACACUGUUUAUUGCAUAUGCAUUAUUCUGAGAAAAGAUGCAAGAAGAUUAUGCAAUUUCAACAGAGAAAAGGUGAGUUAUGAACUGUAGACUAAGAUAAUGUACUAUUAAGUAAUGGAAACAAAUAGGUUGAGGAACAAAUUAGUUUAACGUGGACUGUCCAAUACCAUGAAGUGCUUCUGAUGCAAUGUCUGCUUAUGCACUGUAUAGAUUAAUCCGACAGCUAUAUGGACUGCAAGGUGCACGCACAUUUGCUUCCUCCGCUAAAUGUAUAAAAAUCGGUCAGUGUUCCUAUCCAGUGUGCUAUAAUUUGUGGUUCAAAAUGUGUAAAUGUCAUUGAUGCAUUUAUUCAUGGCCAUCAGAACUCAUGCACUGCCUGAAUGUAGGUGCAUAUAAAAUUAUGAUAUAUCGAACUGUUCAAUUGAGUGUAUGAAUGUGCCUUUCAUGGCAUGAAUUAAAACAAAUGUUUGUAUUA